AUGGCUCAGGUUUAUCGGUCACAUCGGGCUUUUUGCAUCCCGGUCUAUAUGCCCUAUAUCUUGACGGGCAGGUGGAUGCUGGGCCGUGGACUCUGCAAGCUGUGGCUUGUGAUGGACUACUUAUUGUGCACGGCUUCCGUCUUCAGUAUCGUUUUAAUCAGCUACGAUCGCUUCCUGUCCGUUACCCGAGCUGUGAGGUACCGGGCCCAGCAGGGCGUCACUCGUCUGGCAGUGGUCAAGAUGUUGGCGGUGUGGGUUUUGGCAUUCCUCCUCUACGGACCAGCCAUCAUCUUCUGGGAACUGAUGGUUGGAGAAAGCAUCGUUCCGGAGGACGAAUGUUUCGCUGAGUUUUACUGCACCUGGUACUUCCUGCUGUCCGCGUCUACCUUCGAGUUCUUCUCACCGUUCAUCUCCGUGGCCUUCUUCAACUUCAGCAUCUAUCUCAACAUCCAGCGCCGGAACCGGAGUCGCUUGGCGCAUGUGGAGGCCGAGAAGGAGGACGGCUGGAGGGUCAUCGACGGACAGAACUCGUCUGUCUUCUUCGUCAAGACGCGCAAGGUGUCCUCAAGUGGGCCGCCGGCCGUUUCGGACGUGAUCGAAGACGACGAAGAGGUUUCGCCGUCGUCCAGCGGCGAUCCCAGCAGCACCCACUCCGUAUCUUUGACAAUGAAGACCACCGUUAAAAAGCGAGGGUUGCUGAGCGGUUGGGUACAGACGCGCAUUAUACGAGCGCAGGAAGCAUCAAAUCCAUGCGCCCCUUGCAGAAGCGGAGGACACCUUGCGCGUCUCUCGAGAGAUAAGAAGAUUGCCAAGUCCUUGGCAGUCAUAAUUCAUGGUUACUGUGUCAUUGUCAACAUUGAUUAA